ACACAAAAUUGAAGAUGAAGAGCAAAGAGAAACAGCGGCGGAAACUGAUGGUUCCAAAACAGAAGACUGAGGCAAGCAGCAGCAGCGACGAUGAAGAUUCUGAUGUGGAGAAAAACUUUGCUCUGCUCACCAAGAGAGAGGAUGCAAGUGGAGUAACUGAGGAACUGGACCACCUUGGAGAGGGAGAAGAGGACUGCAGUGAUGAAGAGGAGGGAACUGAAGAGGAAUCGGAUGGCAGGAAUGAGGACUCUGAUGAGGGUAGUGAAGAAGAAGAAGUAGUAUCGGAUGGCCAGGAGGAAGAGGGUGAAAGCAGUGACAUUUCUGAGGAGGAUGGGAAUGAUGAAGAUGAUGGUGAUGUUGGUGAGAUCCACACACAAGAAGACAUCAGAAAAGAACUGUCCAACAUGCCCUUUGAGGACAUCAUAAAGCUGCAGAAUCAGGUGGGGACAAAAGUUUACAAUGAGGUUGCUUACAGCAACAAAAAGAGUCAACAUGCAAGCAAGAAGAAACGACUAAACAAGAACAGGCCAAUGGAGAUCUCAGCUAAGAAGCCAGCACCUUUCAUACGUCAAGUUGUUUCUGUCAAGAAACCAGCAAUAAGAGAUCCUCGGUUUGAUGAUCUUUCUGGGGAAUAUAAACCAGAAAUUUUUGAGAAGACGUACAAGUUCAUUAAUGACAUCAAACACAAUGAAAAAGAAAUUGUCCAGAAAAGGCUGAGGAGGAUGAAGGACAGCAGCCAAAAGAAGGAGAAGCUACAGUUCCUGCUGAAAAGAUUGGAGAACCAGGAGCGAGCGAGACUGAGCCGAGAGCAGCAGAGGGAGAGAGAGCUGGAGUUCAAGAGACAGCAGAGAGAACGGGCCCAUCACGGAGAUCGUCCGUUCUUCCUCAAAAAAUCUGAUAAGAAGAAACUGCAGCUGGCUGACAAAUACCUGGAGCUGAAAAAGAAUGGCAAAUUGGAGAACUUCUUGAACAAGAAGAGGAAGAGGAACGCUGGGAAGGACCGUAAGAAGCUGCCCAAACAGCUGCACAGCAAGGCUUCAUGAGACGCCCACUUAUCAAAACCUCCAGAAGAAGCUGCUGAAAUGUAGAUGGGGGUGAUGCUUUGAUACUUCUUUAAUAAAACAUGUCAGCCUGCUGAUGGAGCUGUAGGACUUCAUGUUUUUCACCAAGUUAUUUCACUGAGAAAUCCUUGGUGCCUUCAACGAUGCUUGGACAUAUGAAGACGGAUGGCUAAAAUGUCUAAAGUAUCCCCUUGAUUAGCAUUUUAAAGUACGCAAAGUUUGACAGGUUUGUGAUAAGUAGAUCCAGUCAUCAUGCAAACGUUCAUGUGCAAAUGGUAAUAGCUGUUUUGAAUAUUUUUAUUUUGUUUUUUAAUUGAACUGAGCUG